GGGUUAGAUUUUUUUCAGAUCUUGAUUGAAUAAAGAUUCGUUUUGGCUUUCAAGCUUCUAUCUACAAAGGUAAACAAAAAUGUCGGCUUAUGCGCAUCAGAUGGAGAGGGAAUUCUCAGGUCUCUCUAGCCGAGGCAAUUCCGAUUUGGGGAGUCGAUAUUCGAUGGAAUCUGGAUGUUACAUGACAUCUUUAGCAGCUUCCAUCUUCAUAGCGUCUCUAGUAACAUUUGGAGUUUUGAUGAUUACACUUCUUAUAGCUUUAUCAACUAUGUUACAAAGCUGUGAAAACCGGAAUAUUGGAAUCGUUGAGGCUCAAAGACUUGAUGAGAGUUUCGGUUACUGUAAAAUCUUGUCUCUACACUCGCAGCUCAAUAGCUUGGGAGAAGAAAGUGAGUUACCAUUGUUAUGUAGAGAUGUUGCUUUACGCAGAAUCAAACAAGGAAUUUACGUCAGAGAGUUAAACUUCACUAUUCAAUUGGCUCUCACUUAUUUCCAAACCGUCAAACCGAUGAAUGAUAACCGCGAUGUUGUUGUGAUCGAUAUUGAUGACAGCAAUCUAUUAGAACAAGAGAGUUAUUACAUGAAGUAUAUUGAAGAAGCAAAGCAUCAGAAAAGCAUACUAACACUUCAACUAUAUUCUAAGCUAAGAUCACAAGGCUAUUCAAUGGUUCUGUUAUCAAGAAGACCCGAAACAGAGCGGAACGCCACAAUAGAGCAGUUAAAAUCUAGAGGAUACAGCGAUUGGUCACAUUUGAUCAUGAGGGAAGAUACAAGACAAAAGGAAGAGUUAGAAAAAGGUCACCGCAUAGUUGGAGUCAUUGGUAAUCAUAUGGAUGUGUUAAGAGGCCAGUGGAAUUGGCAAAGCAAACGUCUGUUCAAACUUCCAACCCUUGCUUAUGAUGAUGUUUUGGAUUACAGUGAAAGAUGAGAUCAUGAAGUUUGAUGUGUAUAGGUUUUCAAGAGUUUUAUGUCAUAUGGUUUCAUAUGUUCCAAAGAUAAUGUAAGAGACAUAUUGUAAUUGUUCAAUGUCUCAUAUAUACAUCUCUAGUUUCUUCUCCAAUUUCCUGAAUUUGGUCUGAAAUUGGUCAAUAUCACAUCACAAAGUGGGUGGUCACGUAUCCAAGAGUAUAUGUAGCAAAUCAGAAUAGCUUAAUAGUCAAGAGCCAAAUUCUUACAAUAAGUCGAACAGAAAUUC